GGCUGCGCUACGUCGAAGGUUGACGUGCCACUGCUCAUCGCAUGCAUAACUUAGCUUUCCACGUACGUGCCGCAGAUUGACUGCGCUGGCUGCUAUCUCGCUGUCGGUCCCAUGUAGUGCCUGACUUCCUGUCUGCUGCCUUUCGCUUUCUACCACAUUUUUCCCAUCGACAGCCAUGGAUCUACAGAGGCAGGACUACCCUGCGAUGCUGGACAAACUCCAGCCUCUCCAGGCCGUCAAUCUGCUCAGCGACCGGCUGAAAUAUAUUAACCGUCUGAAUGUUGAUGUGGCCGAGUGGCUUCUGGAACGGCGGCGCAUCGAAGAGACAUACGCCACGUCACUUCGUAAGCUUGCUGCGAGAGGAUUCAAAGAUUCUGAGCUUUCCGAUCUGGGCAUCUUCCAAAUCCCAUGGCAGAAGAUGAUAAACUCGAUCGAGGGCGUUGCAAGUGCCCACUACGGUCUCGCACAAAGCAUUGGGUCGGACGUGGAGGUGCCGUUAAGGGAGUGGGCGUCCAAAGAUCGCGACAUGGUGCAAAUGACAAACAUGGUUGGAAAUAUACACGCGAUUGCAAAAGAACUUGAGAGUGCCCAGAAAAAGUCGGAGAAGCUGAGUAGCAAGGGAGGGAAGGCUGAUGCUGGCAAAGUCGCCAAUGCCUCCAGCGAGGUCGAAAACGCGCUUCAGCAAUGGAAAUCGCAAGCACCCUUCGUCUUUGAGCGACUACAGGCCGUUGACGAGGCUCGCGUUGACAAUAUGCGCGACCUACUCACCCAAUACCAGACGAGCCUUAUCGAAGCUGGAUCUGCCCUCUCCGAAUCAGCCGAAGAUUCCUUGAACGCACUGCUGAAUAUGCAGACUGCGGAUGAGAUCAAAACGUUUGUUAUGAAGACAACGAAAACUUUACCCCAAUCGCAAAGGCGACUGAGCAUGCGGCAAGAACAUCCUCCACCUUCUACAACAGAUGCCAGCUCUUCCCUUGCCCCUGUGUCAUCUGUACCCAGGGACGAUGGAUCAAGUCAUAGAUCCAAUUCUUUCCAAGAUCGCCCAGAACGGCCACCAAUCACGAGUGAAAAAUCGUCGGAGAAAGGGAGCAAGUUCGGUCUGAAAAGGCUAGGCACGGUCAUUGCACGACGUAGACAAAGUACGAAUCCUUAUGCCCAAAGUCGAUCGCCAGAGCGUAAGAAAUCGUCGUCUGAUGUGCGAUCGCCGUUCGGCCGCUUUGCGCGCAAAGAACACUCGCACCAACCUCUUGAAACAGUACCCUCACCUCCAAGAACCGCAAACUCUGGGUUCGAAGAAACCCCCGCCAGCCGUUCCUCUAAUGCACCACCUCAGAUGGAACCGCUUACAAAUGUAACAUCGGAUGGUACGAACGGCACAAAUCUAGAGACAGUCCAUGAACAAUCGACCAUGUCGGAGCCUGUGAACGGCACUGCAAAUGCACCAGUGGGUGUCCUGCAAGAGCCCUUGCAACCCUCGUCUGUGACAUAUGAGCCGCCAAAAGAUGAACAUGGAUUUACAAUUCCGCCUCCCAGUCACCGAGACCCCAUGCAGCAAGCUUUGGCUGAGGCAGCAGAGGUAAAUGAAUCACAGCCGCAAUUCAAAGUCGAUAUCAAAAACGCACCAAUUCAGGAAGAUAGCGGCGAUACCUCAGCUGCAUUUGCAAAAUUUGGAAAUGCCCUUCAAAGUCAAACCCAGCCUAGACGAAGUAUGGGUACGAUACGGAAUAGACGAGAUAGGAACACUAUUAUGAUUCCUAAUGGGCAGUCUAUACCCGAACUACCCAAGGAUCCGGCACUUGCAACGCCUCCUGGCAGUGCUCCUUUGCCUGCUGAAGCAUCAUCUCCUGCUGCGGGUAUGCCAAUCGAACCGGUAUCAUCAACAACUACAAAUGCGCCGAUGGAAGUAGCUACAGCAGCUGUCUUGAGCCUGCCGUCUCCCCCCCUCGUGGCAGCUGCGCCAUCAACGGACACUUCCGUAACAGUACCUUCACAAAUGAACUCUCCGAACUCUCAGACAUCUCCUUUCAAAAUGCCUCAUCGGAGCACUUUAGCUCUGGAGGACCACACGAGUUCAGACACCCAUUCCAUUCGGUCCGGCAGAUCGUUAGGCAGUACAGUUAGCACAACAGUCAGACACCCAGAUAUGCACGAACCGGGCCUAAACAGUUCAUUCGUAGAAACGAUAAAUGCGGUGUUCUCUGACGGGAAGGUAACACGUGCAAGUCUAGUUGGGGAGAUUGGCCUUUCAUUUAAUCCCACGGACCUCGACGCGCCCUUCGGUACAGAAAUCAUACGACUAGAGAACCUGGGCGCGAACGACAAGUUAGCACCAAAUCCAGCUUUCAUCGACGCUGUUCCAGGUAAGGUUGGUCAUUUCAGCGUUGAUCUGGGACAGAUCACGAAGACGCAAGUAGCAUUCAAGUAUCAGGUUCACAUCACGCCGGAGGAGGCAACUUCUCGUAUGCCGUUGCUUCUGCAAUCACAGUGGCGCAUCGAUUCAAAGCAAGCCGAUUGCCGCGUAUCCUACAGUCUUAAUCCCUCUUACCCUUUUGAAUCACUCACUUUUAGCGACUUGGCCAUUGUCAUUCAAGUCAACAUUUCUUCAGGCUCGAGAUUGCAAUCAUGUCGCGCUUCUGAUGGGUUUAAAUUCAGAAAGGAGUCUGGUCUUGUCUAUUGGAGGCUUGGCGAUGUCGUUCUUACAAAACAAGGUCCACCAAAACCGCUCCUUGCGCGAUUUAUCACUGAGGGGGAAGUUAGGCCGGGUACUGCGGAAGCGAGGUGGGAGAUAAAUGGGUCUUUAGGAAGUGGCGUCAUCCUGUCAAAGCUUGAAGAGAGCAAAGGCAAAGAAAAAGAAAUAGAAGAAGAUCCUUUUGCCGAUGAGGGCGACAAUGGAAGUCAGAGAGAAAGUGAGUUGUGGAAGGACGUUAUAGCGAUAAAGAAGUGGCGAUCGGGCAAUUAUAUGGCUUCGUGAAGGAAGGCAGAGUCCUCAUGUCGUGUUUAGAGAGACUGUUGGUGAUAAUGCGGACACAAGGUAUGGAGAAGCAGAGAAUUGAUCUUGUAAAUAAGAUAUACCAGACGUGAUAUUGCGACUUUCGUAGCUGAUAAUUCAAUACUAAUGGCUUCAUCAAA